UUUAAUGUCUCGAAAAGGGGGAGGGGGAUAAAAUAUAUAUAAUUCGAUAUAGACAUGAACAGCUUAGUGUUAUCGGUAAUUAUCCUCGUCGGUAACGAGUUAUCCUUCGGUAUAGUAGAUAGCGUUACCGACGUGGUGCCCUCCCUACAUCUAGUUUUCCUAGACCGGCGAGGGCGGCCGGGCGGCGAGAGGUGACGGGACCGAGGACUGGCGAAGACUGAGUGCAGCGCGGCGCGGUGCGUACCGUAUCGCACACAUGCACGUACACAGGUAAGACGUUUACACGCACAAUAGCGCGGUACCGUACGGCGAAGUUACGUAUCGGAAGUGUCGGUGGUUUUUCGCGGACCGCAGUUUUUUCGACGAUGCCCUGGUGAUAGCGACGUUCUCGGCACCGUGAUCGCGCCACGCCGAACGCCCAGGAUCGUUUUCUAAACACGAAGUGACAAUGAGACUCGCCGUGUGUAUUGUUUUCACGCUGGUGCUUGGCGCUUCAGCUAUAAUACGUGUCCCGGAUAAUGUAGAAGUUCAAUCACCGCCACGAAUAUCUAAACAGCCGCCAACGGACGAGCAGCUGUUUCAAGUGGCUCAAACAAAAGUCAACGAGAAUGACAAACCAUUUCUGAUUGAAUGCGAAGCGGAGGGCGAGCCAGUUCCAACGUAUCGUUGGAUUAAAAAUGGAAAGAACUUUGAGUGGCCGGCGUAUGACGAUCGCAUUUCUCAACAACCUGGUAGAGGCACUUUGGUAAUCUCAAGACCGAGAGAUGAAGAUUUGGGACAGUAUCAGUGCUUCGCCGAAAAUGAGUGGGGCAUAGCUACGUCGAAUUCGGUGUUCGUUCGAAAGGCCGAAUUAAAUUCGUUCAAGGACGAAAACCCAAUAACUUUAAACGCGAACGAGGGUUCCCCCUUCAAACUUACCUGCCAACCACCCGAUGGCUGGCCUAAGCCAAAUGUUUAUUGGCUGAUUCAGGAUAUCGCUGGUGGUAUCAAGUCAAUCAAUAACUCAAGGAUGACUCUCGAUCCGGAGGGUAAUCUCUGGUUCAGCAAUGUUACGAGAAACGACGCUUCGGAUGACUUUUACUAUGCCUGUGCCGCCACAUCUGUGUUCAGAAACGAAUACAAAGUAGGCAAUAAGGUUUUGUUAAACGUAAUUUCUACAGGCGCGUCCGCCGGCCAGAACAAAUAUCCCCCUGAAAGGCAGUACGUCAGCAGGAAAAAUGAGGUUGCUCUGCGUGGCAAGAAGGUAGAACUAUACUGCAUAUUCGGAGGAACGCCUUUACCGCAGAUAGUUUGGAGCAAAAAUGGCGCGUUGCUCAGACCGAGCGAUAGAAUAAUUCAAGGAAAUUACGGAAAAUCUCUCGUCAUAAAACACGUCAAUUUCGAGGACGGGGGCGAAUACACCUGUGAGUCAUCGAACGGAGUAGGAACAGCCCAGUCGUAUUCCAUAAAUCUACAAGUAAUGGCCGUACCAUAUUUCACCGUUGAGCCGGAGUUCGUGAACGCUGCGGAGGACGAGACUGCCGAAAUCAAGUGCGAGGCCAGCGGCGUGCCCGUUCCCGAGAUCAAGUGGAUUUACAAUGGUAAACCGAUAUCUGAAGCGCCACCGAAUAACAGGAGGAAAGUCACGGCGAAUUCCAUUGUCAUCGAGAGGCUGGUGAAAAAAGACACGGGAAAUUAUGGAUGUAACGCUACCAACUCGUUGGGAUACGUUUACAAAGACGUAUAUGUGAACGUGUUGGCGCUCUAUCCGGAUAUCACGCAACCGCCCAUGAACUUGAGCACGGUCGACGGCAAAACCAUCCGGAUUACGUGCCGCGUUUUCGGCGCACCCAAGCCCGAGGUCAAGUGGGUCAGGAACGGGCAAGAAUUGACCGGCGGUCGUUACAAGAUUUUGGAUAUAGGCGAUUUGGAAAUCGAGAACGUGAUAUUCCUGGAUGCUGGUACUUACACGUGCUACGCUUCCAAUAAAUUCGGCGAAGUGAAUGCGUCCGCCAGUUUGGUGGUGAAAGAACACACCAAGAUAACGGAUGAGCCGGAGGACUACGAGGUUGCAGCGGGCUCCACUGCCACAUUCAGGUGCAAUGCCGUUACUGAUCCCAGUCUACCUCUGACCAUAGACUGGUUGAGCAAUGGUGAACCAAUAGACUUUGAGAUGGAACCGAGAUUCGUACGAAGUACCGACUAUUCUCUAAUGAUUACAAAGACGACCGAACUGGAUUCCGGUAUCUAUACGUGCGUCGCCCGCACUGAUCUCGACGAAGCGAGAGCACAAGCGACGCUGAUAGUUCAGGAUGUACCUAAUGCGCCAAGAUUAAUCGGCAUUAAAUGCAUGUCUAAAGCGGCCUUUGUUCAAUGGAUACCCAUGGGAGAUAACAGAUCUCCCAUUCUGCGCUACACGAUCCAAUACAACACCACUUUUGCACCGGAUACCUGGGAGAUAGCCAAAGAUUACGUCCCAGCUACAGACCAGACAUACGAAGUGUCUAUGUCACCUUGGGCCAAUUACACAUUCCGCGUUCUUGCAUGGAAUAAAAUAGGCCCUUCUCUACCGUCACCACACAGCGAUGUUUGUACCACCGAACAAGACGUUCCUUACAAAAAUCCAGACAAUAUUAUGGGCAAGGGUACAACGCCUCAAAAUUUGGUUAUUUCAUGGACAACCAUGCCGCAAAUAGAGCAUAAUGCCCCCCACUUUAAAUACAGGGUAUAUUACAAAAGAGAUAUACCGGGUGAGACAUGGGCUACAGCUGAUAUAUAUGAUUGGAGGAAAAAUAAUUAUCUCGUGGACAAUCAACCUACUUAUCAAAGAUACAAAAUUAAGGUCAUCGCUUCGAACGCGAAAGGAGAGAGUAAAGCUGCAGCUAAUGAAAUUAUCGGAUACUCUGGAGAAGACGUACCCUUGCAAGCACCCGGCAAUUUUACACUGAAUCAAAUAAAAUCGAGUACAACCGCUCAGCUGUCGUGGAGUCCGGUACCCGAGGAGUCGGUAAGGGGCGAAUUGCAAGGAUAUAAGAUUCAAACGUGGACGGAGAAGGAGGGUGAAAAGGGAAUGCGCGAGAUGGAUAUUCGUGGUGGAAAUAAAACGCAUGCGUUAAUCACGAAGUUCGUUCCAUAUAGUAAAAAUUUCGUGAGAAUACUCGCUUACAACGGCAGGUACACCGGUCCUGCGUCUGAGACUUUAAGCUUUGACACACCGGAAGGAGUACCAGGGACAGUGCUCAGUUUAGAAGCAUUCCCUAUGGGAUCCAGUGCAUUGUUCCUAGUGUGGACGCGACCCGCGGAACCGAAUGGUAUUUUAACCGGAUAUAGAAUUUAUUAUCAAGUUGUGAACGGCACAAAGUUGGGAACAUUACUCGAGAGAAAGCCGCAUGUUAUGGAGCCACAAGCUACGAGUGCCAAAUUAGCCGCAUUAGCGCCUGAUACGAUUUACCGCGUUCACAUACGUGCCACAACCAGAGUUGGUGAAGGCAAUGACUAUUUUAUCGAGCAAAAGACUAGAACGUCUCAACGACCUGACAUCCCACAAUUUACGUGGGAAACUAUACCAGUGGAGAAUGGAUAUUCACACGUAAGAGUCAUUUGGUUGCCGAAUUUGAACGGUAAUCCGGGAAGUCAUUUCUUUGUCAGGUACAAGAUGAAAGGCGAAACGAUCUUUUUGAAGACGGAUCCCGAGUUUCAGUCGAAUACUAUUGAGGUUCGCGGUCUUCAAAGCGGUGAAACCUAUGUGAUGUCAGUCGUCGCUGUCGACGGAGACUACAUGAGCGAGAGUGCUUUCCAAGAAGUAGUGACGAGUAGCGAAGGACCCAUUAUUCAACCGAAGGAAAAUGUUGCGACGGCUGGCUGGUUUAUAGGAAUGAUGCUAGCAAUCGCUAUCCUCCUUUUGGUGCUGAUAAUCGUUUGCGUGAUUAAACGAAAUCGAGGCGGAAAGUACGCGGUGCAUGAACGAGAACUGGCUGCCGGACGAGGGGAUUAUCCCGACGAGGGUGGAUUCCAUGAAUAUUCGCAACCGUUGGACACCAAAUCGGCCGGCGGACGCGCGUCCUUGGCAUCUUCUUCUCAUGUGGAUGGUAAACAUCCUGAAUCCGACACCGAUUCCAUGGCGGAGUAUGGCGAUGGUGAUACAGGGCGUUUUACGGAGGAUGGAUCCUUCAUUGGACAAUACGGACCUAAAGGUAGACCAGAGGAGACACCACCUAUUCCAACUGGUACUAUGGCCACGUAUGUGUAACAUCCGCAACUAACUUAAUCAAAGCCGCAUAAAAAAUUUUUUCUCGUUACGGUUAAGGAUCCUCCUGAUCCUUGGCUAUUGCAGCAGCUCUGCUAUGCAUCUUGCGCUGGGCGCAAUGUCCAACACUAUACUGCCAAUUAGACUCUGAGUUUUGGGUUUUAUAGUUUUUGUAGGAAACACGACUUCAAACAUUCAGAGUAAUGUAGAUCGUCAAUAUGCAACAAAUAUGAUUUUCAGUUUCAAUUGAAUUAAAAUGUUACAAACAUUCCAAAUUUUUUAACUAAAUUUUUUUUUUUAGAUAUACGUACAACGGAAAUGUGAAAGAUAAAUUUUUUGUUAUGACGAUUAUUAUUUACUUUAUAUACGUUGUCGCAAGUGCUGACGAUCAACUAUAUCUCUAUAUUAAUUAUAAAACCCAAGAACAUUAUAGGUGUUUCAUAGCGUGCAAGCUAUUUAUGGAAAUAGUACCGUAGAAACUAUUCUAGCAUUGACCGUAAUAUCUUUGACAAAGCCAGGUUGAAUUAGACACUUUGAUUGGUGACAAGGUAUACGAAUUAGAUCCGUGUUAUUCCGAGCUCGUGCAGAUGCGAAGUAACUUUAAGACUGCAUGUAGUAUCCAAUGUUUUACAAUAGAAUUUCUAAAUUUUGCGCGUUAGUUUCUAACGUGUAUAUAUAUUUUAAUAUAGCGAUCAAUAUUCUGCUGUAAUUAAAACAAUUUCGAAAUUGAUUUUAUUAAAAUUAAACGUUGCUUAUUUUGAUGCAAGUACUUGAAUCGCCUUUAAAAUUGUUUAUUUUGGUCAAACUAAUUUCUUUAUUUAUUCCUUGUCAUUGGAAAUUUAUUUGUCUAUUCUUUUUCUGAAUUAAAUUUUUUUAUUACCUUUUAUACAUACUAUGUUAAUAAGGGAAGACAUUUUGCAAUGUCGAAAUAAUCCAAACGGAUACGAAUAACAUUUAAAAAUUACUUCAAAAUUUAUUUUAAAAAAGAAAAAAAAUGUUUUUUUUAUCAGAGAGUAUAAGAAGGUUAGACAUGAAUGUACAGAAGAAAAUUAUUUUUAAAAGGCUUAAGUACUUGUAUAAAUAAAUAAUAAAACUGCAAAAUUUAAUUUCAUAAUUCUUUUAACACAGUAACAUUAUGUUGAGUAACUACGUAUUAAAAUUUGAUCACAAGAAAUUAAAUCUUAGUGCCUAUAUUGGACUUAUAAAUAUCUACAAUAAUAACUUACUUAUUUCUAAUAUGCGAUUUGCAAAAGUGAUGGCUUGCUUUAAAUAGAAUAUAGUGACGAAAUGUAAUCUUCGUGAUAAGCGCUUGCAUUUAAAACAAAUUCAUUGAAAUCGAUACAAUGUAAUAGGAAAUAUUUAAAAAUUUUUUGCUGUUACUCAUAUGCAUAAGUAAAAUUAAAUUAUUGAUAUUUAAAAUAACGAGUAAUACAAUGUACGAACAUAUUAAAAUGAUUUGAUGCAUUUCUUAUUUGAAAUAGGGAUGACGCAAUAUAUUAAUGAGUGUUGCUGUGUAUUUACAUCAUUACAUGCAAUCUUGAAAAUGAAGUAUCACUGUAAAAGAUAGUGUCACAAUCUGGCUUCGACUGAUUUUAACUUUAAUCUCGUAAUGGACGGUUACACUAAGAACCUUUAGCCGCGAUCAAUUUUUACUCUGCCGAGGAAGGGCCAAAUCUAAAUGAACGAAUAAUAAUCUAUAAUUAUCAUGCACUUACACUUUCAUUAUUAACAAACACACUUGACACACACGUGGGGCGCGUGUAUGCGCGAACAAUAAGGAUAUGCGAGGGAUAGUAAAGAGUAAAGUACUAUUAAAGAGAAGAUUGUAUAUGCACUAUAUAAGUAGGUAACAAAAAUCGCAAGGCCUCUAUAAGUAACUGUUGCUUUUGUAUGUGAAAUAUGCUUCGACGAAAACCCUUUUAUUUUUAUGACAGUUUACUUUGCUUUUUUGGUAAUUUUAUUAUAAUCCAAUGAUUAUAAUCCAAUAAUCAUAAGAUAAUGCUAUAUGAUUAUUUAAUAUAUGAAGAUAUUA